UCAAUAACUCAACUCUGAGUUGAGUUACCCACCUCUAAUAUCGCCAAAUGUGAAUUCCGAUCGAAAAGGUUGUGUAAAAGUAGUAAUUGGCCUAUAAUUCUUGCGUUUUUUUUUUAAAGAAAGACACUGAUAUCACAAACAAUGGAACUUGCAGCCUCAGCACGUUGUGGCAUUAAAAUGCUACAGCUAGCGCAGCCCCCAGCCAUGCAAGCGCUGUUGCAAUUACAGGCCCAACAAUUGCGUCAUCGCCAAACUAAACACUGGAAUCCGAAAUUCAAGAAGCUACGUGCCCAAAAAUUCGUCAAGGUGGAAUUACCCAACUUCCAGGAGAAACCUGGUGAUCUGACGCAGGACGAAAUACGGAGUCGAUUGAAAGAACGUGGUGUGCUGCCACCCCGACCCUGGUUGGAGCGUCCAUUCCAUAUAAGUUGCACCGGCGGUAUUUUCGAAGCUUAUGUGCCGCCAGAGGGUGAUGGCAAAAAGUCAUUCAUUUCCUCAGCGGGUGCCAAACAAAAGUUCGAAUUUCUCGAGAAGAAAUCAAAAAGUGUUAUGGCCGUGCGUAAAAUACGUUCAUACGAUGAAGACUUUAGCACCAGUGACUUUACCAGUCAGUCUCAGGACAUCUAUAUUGCAGCGCACACUCAAAUAGCAGCGAAGAAUAAACAUGAAUUGCGUGAAUUUGUAACGGAGCGCUGUUAUCCCGAAAUGAUGCACAAUGUGCGUGAUAAGACCAUACACUGGAGCUUCAUACAAUCAUUGGAACCGCCACGCGUCGUACAUGCACGUGUGACGGAUAUUAUAAGCAAGGAAAAUUUAUAUGCGCAAGUUACUGUGCGCUUUCACACACAACAAUUGUUGGCGAUUUACGAUCGCUUUGGACGCUUAAUGCAUGGCAGUGAGAUUGUAGCUAAAGAUGUGCUCGAAUAUGUGGUUUUCGAAAAGCAUAUCUCCAAUGAAUAUGGGAAAUGGCGUCUGCACGCUAAAAUCAUACCUGACUGGUUGCCACCAAAGGAGCCAGCACCAAUUACUUAUCAAGUAAUUGAAGAGCCAGAAGAAGCAAUAGAACUGUUACCCGAAGGUGACAAGAAAUUAGAAAGUGGUGCAGAGCAACAAACACAACAGCAGCCGGCGCAGAUUGCGGCAGCAUCGGCAACGGUGUCAGCUGUGGAGGCGGGUAGUGAAAGCAAGGCAAAGGCGCCGACGCCGCCAAGUGCGUCCAUUUGAUUAUACUAUUUGCUGGCAGGCUUUAGAAUAAAAAUGUUGAAUUAUCGAACGGUCAAAUAAAAGUUCAUACAAAUACUGAAAAGUGAAUGAAUUGAUUUCGUUUGCAAAUAAACCUUUUUGAAAUCCAACGAUUGCACUGUAAUGAAUCACCUGCCAACACACAAAUUUGUCACUGAUACAGAAUAUAAAUAUGUAGUAAGUUGUGUAAAAACGUAGCAUACAUUCAGGCGCUACCAAUUGUUUUCAUAUAACGCCAAAAAAUUGUAUAGAAUCAAGAUAUUCGAGUCGCAAAAAGGCUCCUCGGCCAUGAGGUUCGAGUAAUCGUUAUUCGCAAAAAGAAAGUAAUAAAAUCGUUCGUGAUUAAGCACAAAAAUUUAGAUUGAAAUAAUUAUAAAAAAAAUGAAGGCGUUUCAUUAAAAUAUUAAGUUUGAAUAAAGUGAAAAUAAUAUCUAUAAAAUAAAAUUACAUAUGUAAAGUAAUACACGUUGAUAUAAAGAAUAAAAAGAUUGCAAUUAAUUGAAAAUGUUAAAUGCGUACCGUUGAAAUGGUAUUAUCGUAUGAACAAACUAACUGUGAAAAAAAAAAUCUUUAAAAUAACU